CUUCUGCGCCGUCAUAAACCUGGAAUUCAGCCACCGACAUCAUCUCCAAUGCUUCGGCGAGGCUUGAGACGACGCCCAGAACGAAGAUCGUUACAGUCCAGUCUCUAGGUAUGCUACUGGACUUCUACGACAUGCUCCUCUCCCAUUGCUUCUCAACCCUUGACACGGCCAGGGACCAACCGACACCGUCCCCGCGCUCCAAACCCACCUCCACACUGGCAUCCCGCCCCCAGACUGUGCGCCCACGACGCUGAUCCAGCAACUUGAAUUGUGUCAGCGGUGUCCGCCACUGGUGGCCCUGCAGCAAGUCCUGUCAGAUGAAGUCAUACCCGUCCCUUGGAUCGAGGAUCAAUACUACAGCACUACUGCCAGUGCAGUAGGAUGGGCAUGUGCCAUGCCAUUUCCCCAGAGAGCCCCAUUCCCCAGUCUCUAUGGUCAUUGCCCAUCCCUCAAGGUAGCGCAAUACAAUGUCGAUCCGCAGCGGCUGGGCUGGGCUGACAUGACACGAGACGCGGGAGAGACAAGAGCCUCUGGAGGGCUCCUAGGCUCCUCAGGCCUCGCAGCAUCACUCCCUUGCCUGAUGCGAACAGAGAAAGGUAAAGUCAAAUCCUUCUGCUGUUAGGUACCUCCAUCUCUGUUGUCCUUCUUAGCGAACGUCUUCUGUUCUUCCAACCUCGAGUCCCGCGUUGUGUUACUUUACUUUGCGAUGCUCGACAUUGUCAUUGCCCUUGACGACAUUGACAAUCGUGCACUGCGUUGACAACCCCAUUCACAUCCCUCUCUCGUCUUGUACCUCGUCUCGAAAAUGUCGGUCUCAGACCAAUCCACCAUCGCCAACGGCGCAGGCGCAGACACAGGCGCCCACCUCUCGCACGAGAAGAGCGUCAACUCUCCCCCCGCCGACAAAGAAAAACACCUCGGCGUGACCGGGCCCGAACUCGAAGCCUACAAAAUCGACCCGGACCGCACAAACCGGACGGACGGCAAAAUCGAACUGACCGAAGACGACGCAUACGACAAACUAGGCUACACGUUUCCCGAGUGCAAGAAAUGGAUGAUCCUAGUAGUCAUUCUGUUGAUCCAAACAUCAAUGAACCUCAACGCCAGCAUCUACGCCAACGGCGUCGACGGACUCUCUGAGAAAUACACCAUCAGCAAACAAAAAGCACGAGUAGGACAAAUGGUGUUUCUAGUCUGCUACGCUUUCGGAUGCGAACUGUGGGCACCAUGGUCUGAAGAAAUCGGACGAUGGCCAACACAACAGCUCUCGUUGUUUUUGGUGAAUAUCUGGCAACUGCCCGCGGCGCUGGCUCCAAAUUUCGCCACCAUUGUCGUCGCUAGGGGUCUAGCUGGUCUAUCGACUGCCGGUGGGUCCGUGACUUUGGGCGUCAUUGCUGAUUUAUACCAGCCUGAAGACUCGGGGUUUCAAUAUGCCGUUGCCUUUGUUGUGCUAAGUUCCGUCGGCGGUGCCCCCGUGGGUGCUGUCAUUGGCGGGUUCGUAGGGCAAUAUUUGUCGCUGAGGUGGAUCUUUUGGAUGCAAUUGUGUAUUGGGGGUGCUGUUCAAUUGAUUCAUUUUGUCCUUGUCCCCGAGACCCGUGCGACGAUUUUGUUGGAUCGGGAGGCGAAACGCCGUCGCAAGAACGGGGAUACUAAUGUUUAUGGACCGGAUGAAUUGAAAAAGCCUCGGUUUCCGAUGGACGAGUUUGUGCGCAUUUGGGCACGGCCGUUCCUUAUGUUUGCGACCGAACCGAUUGUGUUGGCUUUGUCGUUGCUUAGUGGGUUUAGUGAUGCGCUGUUGUUUACUUUUCUCGAGGCUUUUACGCCAGUGUUCAAACAGUGGAAUUUCCAGCCGUAUCAGGUUGGUUUGGCUUUUUUGUCAUCUCUCAUCGGAUACGUCCUCGCAUACUUCACCUAUCUACCAGUGAUCCACCAUCACAACAAGAUCCGCGCCAAUGAUCCGGACAAACUGUCGCCGGAGUCGCGAUUGUGGUGGUUACUGUUUUUGGCCCCUCUCGAAACAAUCGGCCUUUUCGGAUUCGCAUGGACCAGUCUCGGCCCCGACUACGGCAUCCCCUGGAUCGCUCCGUUGAUAUUCACUGUUUUGAUUGCCAUGGCCAAUUAUGGAAUUUACAAGAGUUCCAUCGACUACAUGAUCGCGGCAUACGGACCAUACGCCGCCUCGGCGACGGGCGGGAAUGAUUUGGCCCGGGAUUUUUUGGCGGGCAUUGCUGCGUUGUAUAGUACGCCGUUCUACGAAAACAUCGGCCAAAAGUACAAACUCGAAUACCCGUCCACGAUCCUCGCGUGUUUGUCAGUGGUCGUCAUUGUGCCGAUAUAUAUCUUUUACUGGAAGGGCGAGUGGUUCCGGGACCGAAGUAAGUUUGCGCAGGAAUUGAGUGCGGGGAGGAAAGAGCAUGUGCAGAGAAGGAGGAGUACAAUGGUAGCUGGGAAGGGGAGGGCUGAGAUGGGAGAAGUUCAGAAUGAGAAACAAGAUGAAAAAGGGGGGAGAGAUGGUGGUCCACUGGGAAGGGGAGGGACGUCGGGAGAUGCUGGUGUUAGACAUGUUGAGAGGGUUUGAGGAUGGAAGCGACCAGAUCAGAGGACGAGGUGAGGACUAAGAAAAGAGGACAGGACAGGAAAAAGGAAGAGGGAAGUUGUAGGUAAGGUACUGUAAGGUAUGUGGAUUGGAUUGGAUUGCAUUGGGUUGGAUUGACUCGCUUCUUUUGUUCCUAGGACAACCUGAAUCCAGGAGAUAUAGUAUGAUUGAAUUAUAUCAGCGACUUCGCCCUCGACCACC